AUGGAAGUCCUUGGAGGAAUAGCAAGCGUUACGCAGCUAGCAGUCUACACUCACACCGCUUGGAGAGUCUUUACGAGACUUUACGCAGAACUGAAAGGAGGACCAGUUGCCUGGCAAGAACAAGCUACGAAUCUCGAACAUCUUAUUCAGGUCACUAAACGGAUCUCUUGUUUGUCCGAACAGACGCAGCUUGGCGCUUCCGAACAGAUAGCCAAGCUCGUGCACGAAUCGCUCGAGAUUGCGGAGGAAGCGUUGAGAACGAUCGCACGGGCGAAAGCAAAAGUGCUCGGAGUCCGUUGGUCUGCGGCUGGCAAAACGGAGCUUCUGAGCCGCACACUCAAGUCGCUCAAGGCAAAAAGAGAACUUUUGCUCUUCGUGUUAUCACAAGAGAACUUGUUCGAAUUAGCGUCCAUCGGUCGUAUGCUUUCUCGAAGGCAAGGAGAUUGGAAGAAUGACAACAUGGAGCAUGAGACUGCCUCUCACGAAUUGAUCUCGACGAAUCGUACACCCAAACUCGACCUGGAGAUGGUCGCUACGCAAGUAGGCAACGGCGCUACGAUAAUAUCGAAUAACGGCUUAGGACACAUCCUAUCACAGAUUCAUGGGUCGGUAAAGCUUCGCGCGAGCUCUGCUGGUGAUGGCGUGGCAGUAAACACGAACAACGUCUACAUGGAACCCGAUGUUAUCAAGAAGCAGUUGGAGAUUGCGGAGACAUACGCUCGAAAUUAUGGUGCAGAACGAAGAGAAAAGACCUCGAUAGCCCGGGGGAGGGCAAAGAGCGCUGAGCCAAAACAACAGAGGCUGACGUUGAAUGCAUAA